AUGAGGAUUGGAACAUUAUAUAUAAGUGUGUUGGAAGGCAGAGGCCUCUCACCAAAGGAUAGCAAUGGAGCAAGUGAUCCAUAUUGCGUCGUGAUAGCAGGUGACAAGAAGAAGAAGACAAAGGCAAUCAAACAUACUCUGAAUCCCAAAUGGGAGUCUGAGAACUUUGAGAUGCCAAUAGAACAUCUAUGUCAAUUUGUAUAUGUAGAGGUGUAUGAUUGGGACAGGUUCAGCUCGGAUGACCCAAUGGGUAUGGCUACAAUACCAAUCGCAAUGAUAUAUGAUUCGACGACGAGUGAGACCAUGCAAUGGUUCCCAUUAGAGCCAAUGAAGAAUGUGACCAAGGUGGCAGGUGAGCUUAAGCUUAAGUUUAGAUACGAGCGAUCGUCCGAAGCGAAGCAGAAGAACCCUCUGAUCAAGGCCAUCAAGGAGAAUGAUCUAAACACACUUGACAGUAUCCUAAAGUUGCAGACCGACAUCAACGUAUGCGAUACAGAGGGUACACCAGCACUCCACCUAGCAGCAGCCUCCAACAACAUACCCCUAAUGAUGUUAUUAUUGAAGCAUAAUGAUUCAAAGAUCUUACAGAAGGACUCGCUUGGCAACUCACCUCUACAUUUGUUCAGCCAGAAGUGCCUGACAUUGACAUCGGAGGAGCCUAUAUUGAAGCUGAUAGACAAGGGAUGCUCUACCAAUGCCCAGAACAACUUUGGCGAGACGCCACUACACACGGCUAUCAUGUCCACCACACCAAAGACCUUCCUGAUAGAGGUCCUGCUCAACAAAGGUGCAAACAUCAAUCAGAAAACAAAGAAUGAUGAGACGCCAUUGCUCUAUGCUAUCAAGUUUGCCAAGGUUGAGUUUGUUAGAUUGCUCAUACAGAGGGGCGCAGACAUUAAUAUGGAGGGCGGCUCUCCGCCAAAGAAACCGAUGGACUUGGCCAGACAAUUGAACAACAGCAGCAUCGUACAACGUCUUCAGAUGUCGGUCGAGAUCAGUGAGUGGCUGGCCAACCUCCAGCUUGGCUCGCUCACACCCAUAUUCAUUGGCAACGAGAUCUUCUUUGAUGUCCUGCCCGACGUAGACGAGGCCACACUAGACAGACUGCAAGUCACUGACAAGGACCAACGAAGCAAGCUCCAAGCUGCCAUUCGUAAACUGCGAGUGCCACCUUUAACCAAUUCAAGUAGUUCAUUAGCCAAUAGCACUGGAUCUGGAAGGACGGUGGAGACGAGUACGAGCAAGACAACAGCCUACUCUAGUAAUAAUAGUAACUCACCGUUCAAGGCUAGCAAUGGUGAUGCCGAGUCAACCACCAAGAAUAUAGAUACCAAUGGACAAUCGAGCAACAGUGGCAACAGCGAGUCGUCCACGACCAAUAAUAGCAGCAAUAACAAUGGACUGGUCGACGAUGACUUGGACAUUCCAGACGCAAAAGGUGCACACAUCAAGAUUGACGUCGAUGAGCUGGCCCGUCUGAAGCACACCCAUCUGGACGACGCAUCCUGGGUGAUCGACGAGUCCAAUCUCAAGUUCCAAACAUUGCUUGGCGUGGGUGCCAGUGGCAAGGUCUACAAGGGCCUGUACAAAGGUGGCACGGUCGCCAUCAAGGUGUUGAAGUCCUUCACCAACGAGAAGGAUGUUCUCGAGUUUAAGAAGGAGUUCCAAAUCGUCAGCUCAUUGAAGUCACCAAGUGUAGUCCACUUCCAUGGCGCAGUGAUCAAGGACAAACUGUGCAUUGUGAUGGAGCUGUGCUCCAGGGGAUCACUGUUUCACAUAUUGCAGGACAAGACUAUUCGCUUCACCUGGACAGAGUUCUUCAAUUUGGCACUGCAGGCUAUCAGCUCGCUCAACUCGUUGCACACGUGGUCGCCACAGAUCCUCCAUCGCGACCUUAAGAGUCUCAACCUGCUGGUGACCGAGGACUGGGUAGUGAAGAUCUGCGACUUUGGAUUGUCUCGUUUCGACACUGGUAGCAACCUGGAGACGCUUGGCAAGCUGCGUGGCACCUACGCCUACGUGGCUCCGGAGGUCUACUUUGGCAACAAGUACACGGUCAAGAGCGAUGUGUACUCGAUGGGCAUGAUCGUAUGGGAGAUGAUCUACCGUUGCAUCAACGGCGAGCACCAGUUCCCCUUCCAGGAGUACCCACAGCUCAAGUUUGACUUCCAGAUCCUCAUUGCCUCGGCCAAGAAGGACCUUCGUCCAACAUUCCCUGCCGCCACACCCAAGUGUCUGAUCGACAUUGUCUCACAGGCAUUGCUCAAGGACUUUGCACUCAGACCCACCGCUGAGCAUCUCUACGACGAGGUGGUCAAGUGCAGGAACGAGUACAUGGCCAAUGCAGCAGAGUGGGACGCUCUAUGUACCAUCCCAGUGGUCCCUCCACCAACAACACCUGUUGCUGCAGCAACGACAACGACAACAACAACACCAACAUCACCUCCCCCUGCACAACCACCAUCGCCUCAGCAAGAUCAGCAGCAGCAGGUGGAGCCAAAGAAGCCAUCCGCAUUGCCAGAUCAUUUGAGCAGGACUCGAUCGGUGUCAUCGCCUGUCGAGCCAGCUGUUUUGAAGAAGUAG